GCGGGGAAUCACCCCCCUCUUCCGGUCAGGGUCGGGAUUGAGAAGUGGACCUUACCGUCUUGUACGAAGGGGGCCAAGGAAGUCCCCGAGACGGAAGAGCGGGGGAGGACGGACUUAACUGAUUCCGAUACCCUUUUAUUUCGUUCCCCUGGCGUAGUGCUGUUAUUGUUUCCAGGGCGAAGGCGGGGGAGGGAGAGGUAUAAUAGCCUUCUGUGCUGCCUUUGUUUUCUCUCUUGCACUAGGCCCUAGCCCUUUGAGUCGUGAGCUAAUCGCCUCCCCUGCCGAACUAGCAGGCUCAGCCUCCGCCCAGUGCCCCUGAGCCCGUACCGGGGAACAACGAGCGGUGGCACCUCCCCUUGCCCCACCGAUGCUACUUCGCAGGGGAGAUCGAGAGGGUUUGUUGCCGUGCCCACCACCCCUCGUGCGCUGUCCGGGCAGUUGAGACCCCAUCUGUUGCCAGCAGUUUGGGGGUGGGCGGGGGGAAGUGAUGCCGAUCGCUGCCAACUCGCAACCUUGCGGUGUGCAGCCCGACUCCCGCCUCUUUCCUUCCGCCUGCCUGCGGAACCACGACCGGGAAUCGGCAAAGUCCGGGGAGGACGGCGUUGAAGAUCGAUCGGAUCCCCCUCGCCAGGUGGGAGAAGCGGGUAGGGGAGUCGGGCCCACCAGCAGAUUGGUAGCUCCUUUCGCCGUCUCCCUCCCUCAUCCUGCGCUGUCGCCCCCCGCCUUCUCCUCCCCCUCCCCCAUCGCUGCCGCAGCCGUUGCCUCCCCCCCAUCUCCCUUCCUCCUCCUGGAGCCCCCCCGAAUCCACUCCAGCUUCCUCAGCUUCGCCAUGAACGGAGGCGCUGCGCAUUUCCAGCAGCCGCCUCCCCCGACCCUCUGCCAGCAGCCGCCGCCAACCUUGCACAGGCCGAGCCUCCCGGACCAAGGAACUCAGAGCCAGGGCAGAGGCAGACACAUCGCCGCCCCGGGCACCAGAGCCCCUGUGUCAGGUAGCAUUGGCACUUCACUUCAAUGCCAGUCAAUCCAUCAAGAUCACAUUUGUAGCAAUGACAGUGACAAGAGUGAAGAUAGUUUAAGUCCCAAGAGACAACGCCUUUCUCACUCAGUCUUUGACUAUACAGUGGUAUCACCAACUGCAUCACCGCCAACGCGACCAUGGGAGAUGGCGUCAAAUAGGCAGCCUCCUUUGGCUCGGUCCAACCAACAUCACUUCCUUGGGGAACGCUGCAGCACACCUGCACGAAGUAGGAGGAGUCCUCCUGUUCGCCGUCAGAGAGCAAGAAGGGAUCGCCUGUCCCAAUACAAUUCUGUUAGCCAAGAUGAAAACUAUCGCCAUCUCUCCUAUGGACAGCAGCAAGCAAUAGAAGAGCCCCAAGCCUUUAACCCUCCAAGUAUAUCCCAUCAUAUGUUGCACCCAGCUGCUCACCCGCCACAGCAGAACACAGUGAUAGUUGACAUUCAUGAUCAGAUCCAUCAGGGCACAGUCCCCGUCUCAUACACGGUGACAACGGUAGCGCCACAUGGAAUUCCACUUUGUACAGCCCAGCACAUACCACCCUGCAGCACACAGCAGGUCCCAGGUUGUUCUGUGGUAUUCAGUGGACAGCACCUUCCGAUCUGUAGUGUGCCUCAUCCAAUGCUUCAGGCGUGCUCAGUCCAACAUCUACCAGUACCAUAUGCAGCGUUCCCACCUCUGAUUUCUAACGACCCAUUCCUUUUGCAUCCUCCUCACCUUUCUCCACAUUACCCGUCUCAUCUGCCACCUCCAGGGCAAUUUGUUCCCUUCCAAGCACAGCAGUCACGUUCACCACUUCAAAGGAUAGAGAAUGAAGUAGAACUGCUUGGAGAACAUCUUCCUAUAGGAAGCUUUACCUACCCUCCAUCAAUUCAUCCACCAACAUUGACUUCCUCAGCUCCUCUCCAAUUCUUAAACCAUGAUCCUUCACACCAAGAGGUUUCAUUUGGAGUUCCUUACCCACCUUUUAUGCCUCGAAGACUCACAGGGCGCAGUAGAUACCGAUCACAGCAACCAAUACCACCACACUCGUACCAUCCCAACCUAUUGCCAUAUGUGCUAUCAGUGCUUCCAGUGCCACCUGCAGUUGGACCAGCUUUCAGCUUUGAGUUGGACAUGGAAGAUGGAGAGGUUGAAAACUACGAGGCACUGCUGAAUUUGGCAGAACGUCUAGGAGAAGCCAAACCUCGAGGACUGACAAAGGCAGACAUUGAACAACUUCCAUCUUACAGGUUCAAUCCAAGCAAUCAUCAGUCAGAACAGACAUUGUGUGUAGUGUGUAUGUGUGACUUUGAGGCAAGGCAGCUUCUUAGAGUCUUACCCUGUAACCACGAGUUUCAUGCCAAGUGUGUUGAUAAAUGGCUUAAGGCAAAUCGUACCUGCCCAAUUUGCAGAGCUGAUGCUUCACAAGUGCAUCGUGAUUCAGAAUGACUAAUCUAAGAGCACAAAUGUGGUUUGGGUGUUCCUGGUCGUGUAUAUAUGAACUAUCCAUUGAACUUACCCAUUUGGCUUCCAACAUUCCCUUUACAAAAAAGGGUCAAUGGACAUUUCUUUGCACUGUGUGACUUAAUCAAUUAUAAAGCAUAUAAUUAGUCUUUACAAUUGUGGGAUUGCUAAUCUAACUGUGUGAUUGGAGCUUCAAAGACUUUUUUUAGCUUAAUUUUGUGUGCGCACUAACUUUUCUUGGUUUUUGUGUGAUCAUUCUGAGUGUUGCUGAAAGAUUACAGUGGACAUGAUCUUUUAGCAUGUGCUUUUAUAAAAAGUGGUAGCUCUGAACAACAUAGCAAUCUACCUUCAGAUACUGUGACUGGGCAUGAAUUGGGGGGAAGGGGUAAGAGGAUGCGUGAAGUGCACUUGUGACUGGGUGUGUAUAUGUGUUUGAGAACAUAUAUACCAGCAUGUACUAAGAAUGUAUGUAUGUAGUAUUAAUUAUGCUGCAAUGUAUAAUCUUAUGUUAUUUAAACAGUACUAGUACUGUACACUGGUUUUUUCCUUGUGUCUGGAGUCACACACUGAAUGUAGAGGGUGCUGCAAUUAUAAACAUUUAAUAUUUCCUCCCCAAUAUACAGGGCAUUUCAAAAAGAUGGACCUAACAUGUUACAAUUACACAAAAAUUUACAAAUGGUUUAAUGAGUUAUCAAGUUUUAGUAACUUUUUUAUAAAUGCUCUGUGUUCCCUCCACCUGCUGUACAGACAACAUCGAGACAAUAGUUGAAUUAGUAUAUAGUGAUUUCAAAUUAGGUCUAUCUUUUUGAAUCAUCCUGUACUUAAUGGUAUAAAAACACUUUUUUACUUGCUAUUCAAACAGAUACUAUGCUUCCCCUUUAUUGGAGGCUUUUAAGUGUACCUCUAAAGAGUGUGUUCAUUACUCAGUAUGUAACCUUGGGUUUUUACACACAACAGGAAUCCAAAUUUCAGUAUGACAAGUUUACUGCUUAUUUUAUCAACGUAAAGUUGCAAUAUUGCAUAACUCAGUUAACAAUAUUAACACUUCCAAUUGGUGAUUCAGUGUUGAAACCUUUCUAUUAUUCUCAGUUCUUCUAGCUGAGUUUUAUUUACAUUCAGUUUAUUUCAGAUUAGACUUGAGUUUUGAAGAUACUGCACUCUGUGCUUCUCCUCCAAAAGGAAGCUAAAAAGGUGCUGAGGGUCUUGUGUAAAGUUUCUUCACUUUCACCAUUAUACUUGUGAAGUAUGUACUCCUUUAGUAUAUAAACAUUGGCUUUAAUCACUUAUAUUCAUUGUUUACAAGAGAGUUUGUAUUCAAUUAAAAUAAAUUGUAAGAGGAUAUUAUUUUAUUCCUGUGACUCAAUUAACAAAAUAAAUUUUUUAACUUUUUUUUCAGAGAA